AUGCCUUCAAAAUUUUCAAUAAAAAUUGUAGCAGAAGAUCAAGGAAUUCCAAAAUUAAAUUCUUCUGCUUUAAUUGAAGUUAAUUUAGUAGAUAUUGAUGACUUAAAUCCAGUAUUUUCUUUCUCAAUUUAUAAAGCGAAAAAAUCAAAUUUUAAUUCAACAUUAUUAAUAAUAGAGCCUAAACCAAUUAAAGCUUGGGAUGGUGAUAGUAUUAAUGAAACAAUUUUAUAUCAAAUUAAAAAUUCGAAAUAUUUUAUUAUCGAUGAAUUUAAUGGAAUUAUACAAACUAAAACAAAUAAAUUACCCUCAAGUGCCCAAUUAAUUGUUAAUGCUUAUCAAUCAAAUCGACCGGAACGAAAUUCAACAGCUUUUGUUUUAUUCGAAAAUAAUUAUUCAGAAGAAGAAAUUGAAAUAUCUUUAAUCCACAUAAUUAGCUUUAUUUGUUUUUUAUUAAUUUUAAGCAAUUUUUUAAUUUUAAGUUUUUGGCUGGGUGAAAGGAAAAAACAAUUGCUAAUUAAAAAUAAAAUGUUUGUUUUAUAG